UGAGCAGCCGGACAGCAACAGUGAGCCUCUUCUCCUUCUACACUGGAGUCUGUGGAAACAGACUUUAACACUUGAUCUUCAGCAACUCUCUUUUCAGCAAUGCGUCUCUACCAGAGCACUCAGGCAUCACAAAAAACAAUCCUUCGAAACAAAAGCGACAGACAUCAGUGCUGGAUGCUGCCACCUCGCCAGGUGAUUGAAAAUCAAGAACAGGAGGAUGAUGACCUCAUCAAAGCUAGAAAGCUUCCAAAUCCCAUCCUGGCUUCUCACCAACACAGAGCUCUUCAUCAAGAGCUGCUAUUCUGCCACAGACGAGGUGUACUGCCUAGAAGAAAGCCAGAGCUGCAGUGUGUGCUGGAACACAAACAGAGAGAGCAGCACAAACAAAGGGAGCUGGCUCUCCACCCUCCCUCCGACUUGGAGGUGAAGCUACGUACGAGGCUGCAGAGGCUACAAGUGUACGAGCUGGAGGAACAGAAGAGGAGCGAAAGUCUGAAGAAUGUGCCAGAGUUUGUUUUUGUGAGACAAACCUUGAAGCACCACCCAAACUCUUCCUAGUGACAACCACAACAACGGGACAAAUAAAAAAUGUCAGUUUAAAGGAAUAUCAUCUUUGACUGGCAGCUGUAUAUAAUCAGAUUGGAAAAUCUAAAUUCAGCAGUCUUAUCUCGACAAUAAUGUCUAAGUUUAAUGACAUUUGGAGCUGUACAAUCCUUUACAAUCUACAGCUGCAAAGCCAAAUCUUUUAAGUGCAUUUUUACUGCAUCAUGUUCCUGGGAAAGAGCUUUAAAGCUGGCAUGAACAGUAGGAAUUAUUACAACCAAAACCUAUUUUCGCAUGCAUAUGGGCACAUCAGUAUUGUUUUAAGAGCAAAUAUUAUGCUUUCUGGUUUUCCACUUUUUUUGUACAUGAAAAAGGUCUGUAAACUUACAAAGCCUUGGUCCAUGCCAAAGGGAGUUAUUCUCUAUCACACAAAACACUGCUCCCUACCUGCUUCAAACAAAGUCCAGGCUUUUCUUCUAUUAUGCAUCCAUGUCAGCAGGUAGCACAUUUGCAUAACAGCAGCCAGGCGGCUAGUUUGCCAGGCCCUCAAAGUAUGAGCAGCCUCCUUGCAGUCCUACAGUGCUUCCUUGCUGCUUCUCUUAGGUUUAUGACAGACAGACUGAGAUUUAGAGUCAUGUCCUCGCCAAGUGUGUGAAGGUUUAGAGCUGCCCUGCUGUCAAAUCAUUUAGUGCUUGAGGGCUCUGAUUCGAUUAUGUACCUGUAAGCCCAAAAUUAAAAUGGUUUUAACAGCACUUUCUAAGCAACGUGUGGUUGUGAUAGUGUCCCAUUCCUCCUUUGUCCUUAUAAACGCACACACUCAAACUGUAUGCUGCCAAUUAAGCCUGUGAGGGUUUAGUGCUUAGUCCUUUGGGUGUGGUUGGGCCAUAUCUGGGGUCACGAUACCUAACAAAAGUUGCCUCGCCUUUGGCCAUGCCAUCAGAGCCGACUGGGCUUUUCAGGAAGGGAUCCUUAAA